AUGUUAGGAGUGUCUCGACCUAGUUUAAAGGCCACUAUAUUGUUAAGUUCAGGUAUCAGCUCCAAAAUUAGAAAACAUGUAGCUCGAGAGGUCGCAAAGCUUCCUCGCCCACCAUAUCUAAUGGUGCUACAUAUCGGUUCCCGCCCAGACUCGCUUAGUUAUAUUCGCCUCAAGAAGAAGGCCGCAGAAGAGUGUGGUAUAAAUUAUGGACUAAAAAAUUUACCAGAAACCAUAUCUCAGACUGCUCUUCAUCGAGAACUCACUGAGCUAAGUAAUAAUCCCGCUGUCGAUGGCAUACUUCUACAAUUACCUCUUCCAGGACAUUUACGUGUGAUAUCGUCUUUACUUCAUAUUCAUCCCAACAAAGAUGUCGAUGGGCUGAAUAUUCUGAACUCUGGAAAUUUGUUUCUUCGCGACCAAGUUUCUCUUACCGAAUUUUUAGCGUUGAAAUUUUCCGAGAAAACUAGAUGUAACCAUAUGUUUGAGGAUGCUAUCAUUAUGAGUACUGGUGAGAGUUGUUUCAGUGAAUUGACGCGCGAAUCACAUGAAGCUAAUUAUUUCAUUCCAUGUACUGCGCUUUCUGUUCGGUGUAUUUUGCUUUGUUACCUUUUUGAGGCAAAAAAGCUGCCCCCAUAUGUGCCUGAGUCUGAAGUACGUAAUCUGCAUGUGGUAAUAGUAAACAGAAGCAUGGUGGUUGGUAUACCUACUGCAGCUUUAUUACAAAAAGAGGGUUUUAUUGUGACCAUUUGUGGUCGUAACAAUUCACUCGAGUCACUAAAAAAGAUCAUGAAAACUGCUGACAUUGUCAUUACUGCAUAUGGCCAAGCAGAAAUCUUUAACGCUGAAUUUUUCAAAGAAGGUGCUGUAAUAAUUGACGUAGGGAUAAAUGAACUGCCUGUAGAGAAAUGCGGUAACGGAAAUUCAUCAUCGGCGAAACACAAAAUAUGUGGUGAUGUUAAUUUAGCGUCUGUUUUGGAGGUAGCUAGCGCCAUUUCACCAACUCCUGGCGGUGUGGGCCCCUUGACAGUUGCAUAUUUAAUGCAAAAUAUUCUAAAAGCAUCACGCUUACGUUGUGGGGAUAGAACUUUCAUGGACAGUAUCUAUUCUUCAUCUCUAAAGGCGCAUGAAGCAGAUGAUAUUCCUGAUCAGAAAAGCACACUUCCACCACAGUAUCAGUCUCUUUUGGGAUUCGGUGAACGGGGAGAAAAUGUAGAUGACAACAAUUUCGGUGUCUGAAUUCUUAGUAGAUGUAUACUUUUUUAUUUGCCCAAAAAUAAAUAUCAUAAUGGAGUUGGAGUAUCUGUGUUGAUCUGUAACGUUCAAUUAAGUAUCCACCGAUGCAUAACCUACUGUUGUCAUUUUUUCUCAUCUUUUCUGGACAUUUGUAUAUUUUUCCCCUUUUCUGUUUUGAUGUUGGGAAGAAGGAAACGCCGCAUGCUUUUAUUUUCAUUGAUAUAUAUAUUCCCACAACAUAAUCACGAUUCUAUUUUCAGACUCCGUUUUUUAAGUAAAGAAUUAUCAAACUUCUGAAUUUUACUCCAUUUUAUCAAUAUUUGAAUUUACUACUUUCGUAAUAUUAUAUGCGUAUAUACGUAUCAAUUUAUUUAUACUUCGGUGAGGUUACCCAUUAUUAUACCAUUUUAACGGGUCUUGUAGCCCGUUCAUGACGAUAAGACAUGAUUUAAUCAUUCUUCAUAUUACAAAUCCCCUCAGAAAUGUCUUAAAGGAAAAUUUUGGGCCACAAAAACACAAUUCUACUUCUUUAAUUUAUUGUCUCUUUUCAUCACUUUCUCUCUAUAUGAAUGAAUAUAUUGUAAAAAAAAAUUAUAUCUUCUCUCUAGUCACCUUUUCAUAAAGGGCAAAGCCAACUUUAUACUGCCUUUUUGUAUGCGAUUUGCAUUUUCCCAUCUAAUGAGAUUUUGUUUUGCGAACAUUUGGCACUAUUAUUGUAAAUUAUCGAUAAUUCCGAAGUGAAUUAUUAUUAUUAUUAUUAUUAUUAUUCACAAAAAUGCACAUCAAAUUUGUGUGUUAUAUUCCACUGCAUAAGCGCGCAAAGGAUACGUGACCAAACAUGCACAUAUUCGUCACAAUGCUGUUUAAACAGUGCAUGAUACAUUUGAACCACCUAUACAAGCUUAAGCCUGACAUCGCUUUAUUCGUCGAUACCAUUACCUCAUUUCCAUUAUUUGUUCUCUCUUAGAAUUGAUUUUAAAGGUUACGAAUUGUUGAAUCUAAUAGAAUAUUAGCAACUUCGACAACACUAAUAGUAUAUUCUACAUAUGUUAAUUUGUUGUUGUGGAUUAUUAAUUUUAAGAGCUGAAACUAGACGUUUACACUUUUAUUUGAAUAUAUAAAUGUCUGUCUGUAGUAAUGGCAACGGAUCUUGCAGUGGCAGGUUACAAGUUAAUGCCCUCACAAGGAGCACCUAAAUAUGGAACAGUUCAUGGCCGAACGUUUUCAGCGCUUGUAGAAUCGCAAAUUUGCUUUUAUUAUCGUAUUCAGUCCUACUUAUAAGACCUUUAUUCUAUAAUGAUAUCUGUUACCACACUUUCAAUGUGCAUCUGAAGCAGUUAUGGAGCCAGUACACCUGUCACUCAGUUUUUUCUAGUGUGCAAUGAUUCGAAGCGUUUCCAUAGGCUCAAACACACCUCUCUAGAAGAGGAUGGUAUUACUAAGAAAAGAAUAACUAACGUAUUUAAUUUUCUAGUAAAAUGAGCUGUACGUAUACCGUCUUAAAAGAUCGUGAUUUUGCACAUUCUGAGGCUGUCUGUGGGUUGCAUUUCGGGUUAUCAAUCCCUUGAUGGAUGAAGUUAUUCAAUAAACUGCAUAGUAUCGGCAUGAAUAUCCUGACAUCACAUUUCAUAAACUUCCAAUCACAUUUCUUUCCUUAAGUCAACUAUUUAUUUAGUCGAAUGUGCAAUACUAUUUUUCAGAUCUUUUUGCCACAGUUACAUACAUAAAAUUUAACCAGUCAUUGACCUCUGUGCAAUACGCGACUGAUUUCUUUGCAUAUUUGGUUGUAAAUACACCAAGUGCAAACUUAUCAUUUUCGAGGUGUUUACCCUUCCACUGAUGUUAGAAAUGAACUUAUGACGUCAGCGUACUAAUUUCAGAUAUAAUUACUUGCCAUUCUAUUGUUUUUAUCCCUACGCUUGGUGAUUAAAAAUCCAACCAUUUUGAUGGUGGAACUGUUCUCUCUGCAGCUUGUGUAUUCUUCAACUCUGCUUUUGAUUUAGUCAGUGCUGUUUCCAGAAGCUGUUGUCGUAUUUCUCAUAGUCACAGUAUGGAAUCCCAUACUGCUUUAAUUUUGUGUGAAAAAUGAUGCUCUCCACUUCCACUAGGAGAGAUAUCCGUUCAUCCAAACGCAAUUUUAACCCUCGUGAACUCCCUUUUUUCUUUUUCAAAUCACACAUAUUGAUAUUGAGCUCUGGAAAGGUAAACCCAUUCGCUGGCACUCGAACAGAGUUUCUUCAUUAUUUAUUUAUCAUACAUAUGACCACGUAUCAGAUAGGGUAGAACAAACUCCAACAACUCUUUGUGAGAGCAAUUAAAUUUUAUUAUGUCAGUUUUCAUAUUGUUGAUGCUAAUUUUUCUAUAUAUUUUAAUAUUGAUAAUAACAUUUUGUUGACAUUUUACAAAACACGUAUUGCGAGCAUCAAGCGAAAUGAACUCCAAUCGUUCCGUGUGUCCUUCAUGUUUAUUCACGUUAACAUAUUAACCAUGGACAUGGUCAUUUUUAUUUUUACACAGAAGCUGUA